CGUGAUUCUGAGUAAUUCGGAGCUUUCACUUGCGGGGGUUUUAGGGCAAAUUAUUGCAGGUAGUUCAAGGCUAUUCUGGGGUUGUAGUAAUUCUAGAUUGUUCUGGGGGUUGUAGUAAUUCUAGAUUAUUCUGGGGGGUAAUUCUGUUAAUUCUGCAAUCUCCUAAUUCUAUUUUAACUCUCCACUUGGGUUUUUCGCUAAUUGUACACUUGAGCUCAAGGCAAGGCAGGGGUUUGAGAACAGCGGGGUACACACAGGGAUUUGACACCUCAUUUAUGAUUUGACGUCCCGCAUAUCGCUGCAGGCGCCCCUGACACCGACAGCUGACUAAGCUGCGGCCCCGAUUACCUAACACACUUCCCCAUCGCCAUCGCCUCCAUCUGAUCCACCAUGGGUGUGAAGUCGUUAUGGGAGAUUUUGGGCCCCACAGCCCGUCCCGUCCGCUUGGAGGCACUCUCGCGUAAGAAGUUGGCAGUCGACGCGUCCAUCUGGAUCUACCAGUUCCUCAAAGCCGUCAGGGACUCCGAAGGCAAUGCGCUUCCCCAAUCGCAUAUCGUGGGGUUCUUCAGAAGAAUAUGCAAGCUUCUCUACUUUGGCAUCUACCCUAUCUUUGUGUUUGACGGAGGUGCUCCGCUGCUCAAAAGACAGACCAUUCUCCAGAGAAAACAGAGACGGGAAGGCCACACAGAAACCACUCGCCAAACAGCUCAGAAACUUCUAGCAAUCCAUGUCCAGCGUCAGGCACAACAGUACCACGCGUCGAAGGCUAGCCACAGCGACGAUGGCGAUGGUGUGUUCUUGGAAGACCUUCCUAUAGCCCAUCCUAUGCACGGAGAACGUGCUCCACAACAGUCGCAUGCUCCUCCUACCUCUACCAGGUUCGUGAAGAACGACGAGUACCAUCUUCCCACCAUCGAGAAGUUUCGCGUCAGCACCAGCGACUCGCGGAUCAUGCCUGAGGACGAGUUCCAGGAAUCGCUUGCUGAGUUCGACUACGUAGACGGAAUCGAUAUCAACUCAGUGGAUCCCAACUCGAAGGAGUUCCUUCAAUUGCCCAUCGGCACCCAGUACAUGGUUCUCUCGCACUUGAGACUUAAGUCACGGUUGAGAAUGGGAUACAGGAAGGACCAGCUCGAGGCGUUGUUUCCCGACAGCAUGGACUUUUCCAAGUUCCAGAUCCAACAGGUGCAGAAGCGAAACUUCUACACCCAGAAACUUAUGAACGUCGCGGGUAUGGGCGACGACGGUAACGCCACAAGGCGUAUUGCCGGUGACAAGGACCGUAAAUAUGCCUUGAUCAAAAAUGACGAUGGCUGGACCCUCUCGAUCGAUGGGGACUCCAGUGAAAAAAAUCCAAUUGUGUUGGAUGAGGAUGGAAAUGAGGUCAAAAAUCCGUUUGUGCCAGUCAAGGAUGAAUUGAAACAAACCCUGCAGAACCAACCAGGCUCUGAUGACGACAGUGACGAAUUUGAAGACGUAGACCUCGAUGUGCAAGAAACAGAGCAGGAGAAGGAGCAACAAAAGGCCCUAAUUGAAUCCAUAUACAGCCAGUAUGAGACUGCCAAUCCAGGAGUGCCUACCGUUGAUGGGUUCCAUGAAGAUGAUUUACGCAGAGCAAUUGAAAACUCGAAGAAGGAUUUGGAACUGUUAUACAGACAAGAGGCUGAAUUGGAUACAAAAAUCUCAGAGCAGCAGGGAUUGGACCCUCAAAAUAAUUCCAGCGGGGGAUUGGGAAGAUCCUUCUUGUUCGCUACUGGAUCUAAGAUCCCGUCGGUCAACAAACAAAAACCUCAAGUUGUGAAUGGGCCUGGAGAAAAGAGCCUGGCAGCCUCUGAAUCGCUAGGAUCCUCAUUUUUAUUUGGAGGUCCUACUGUGCAGAAACCUUCUCUGCCAGAUUCGUCAACGGCUGUUCCAAUUGUUCCUCAACCGCAAUCUCGAAUUGUGGAAGACACAGAAUCUCGGCCAAGAAGAGAGGCCACGGUCACUUCUGAAGGGCCAGGAUUUGUCUCCGAAGACAGCAAGUCGGGGGCUGAGGUUAUAGAGGUGGAACCAGAGAGCCCUGAGGUCGUUACAAGAAUUGACAGUGGUGAUCAAAGCUCUGCAAAUGAGAUUAACGUUCCAGUAAAUGUACACGAAAAGGGCCAAAAUGAUAAUAUCAAAGUUCAAAUUGACCUAGACAAGAAGGACCAUGAAUCGGAGCAAAACGAAAAUUCCAACAAGGAAAUUACAAAAAUAAAAAACCAGCCUAUUCCUUCGUGGUUCAACGAGGGCCUUUCUGAACUGAACGUACACCAGCAAACCAGCUUUGGCGAGGCAAAAGACACGAGAGAGCAGUUUGUGGAAGACGAACAUGCAGGGUUGAUUCCUUGGAACGAGGCGAGAGAGAUGUUCCUGGGUGCAAAGCAGGACUAUGUUAACGAGCUUUCGGAUGGUGUGAGUGAUGAAGACGAUAUCCAGGAAAUUGCACCACCAGAAGCACAACGAGCUCAAGACAUUGACGCAAAAGAGCCCAGAGAACCGCUCAGAGAAGCCGAAGCCAGGAAAGCACAAAUCAUUGAAUAUGACUUUGAAGACGAUGAUGGGGAUGAGCUCUUGCAUCAGUUAAGAGAAGAGGAGGAUGGCCACGAAAACUUCAAGUCCACGAUUCAGAAAUCACUCGAGGUGCCGUUGGCCACAAUCAACUCCAGUAUCACCCAGGAGCAGAUGCUUCAAGAAAAAUUGAACAAGGAGAAGAGAGACUCUGAGGAAGUAACGCAAACCAUGAUCAGUGAUGUCCAGGAGUUGCUCCGCAGGUUUGGAAUCCCCUACAUCACCGCCCCCAUGGAAGCAGAAGCUCAGUGUGCCGAGCUCUUUAAACUCAACUUGGUGGAUGGCAUCAUCACCGACGAUAGUGAUUCAUUCCUUUUUGGUGGAGACAAAGUGUACAAGAACAUGUUUAACCAGAAGCAGUACGUGGAGUGCUAUAUAUCCGAAGAAAUAGAGCAGAAGGUCGGGCUCACUCAGGACAAGCUAAUUGAGUUGGCAUUAUUGCUUGGGAGCGACUACACAGAGGGGAUUAAGGGAGUGGGGCCAGUGUUGGCCAUGGAGAUUUUGGCCGAGUUUGGCACCCUUAAGGACUUCAAGAAGUGGUAUGACCAACAGACCACCAGUCUUACUACCAAGAAUACCGAGACAGGGCUAAAGAAGACCUUGCUGGCCAGGAUCAGAGCAGGAAAGCUCUUUCUUCCGGACUCGUUUCCCGAUCUGGUGGUAUUCACUGCCUACAAAUCACCCGAGGUGGACCACGACAAGAGCCCAUUCAAGUGGGGCGUGCCCAGUUUGGACCAAAUUCGCUCGUACUUGAUGUACAAUGUCAACUGGCCCCAGGAAAGGGUCGACGAGGUGAUGGUGCCUUUGAUCCGAGAUAUGAACAGAAAAAAGCAAGAGGGCACCCAGUCCACCAUUAGUGAGUUCUUUCCUCAGGAGUACAUUCAGUCACGGAAAGAGCUUAGUUUGGGCAAGAGAAUUAAAACUGCAGCUAACAAGUUGAACAAGCGGGCCAAAACCACAAGCUAGCAUAGGAUGAAGUGUAGUAACCUUUACUACAAUACCCUAAAAAACCUUUGCUGUGGUUCGUGACUACUAAAUUUAGGAAGCAUUAGUAAGAAAUUAUCAAUAAAUUGAUAGUAGUAAAUUAAAAGUAGGCAGUCUGCAGUCUGCAGUCUGCAUGGUGUGUGUGUUUGCGAGAGCAUAGUAUGUAGAUAUGAUUGGAGCAGCGGUGACGGGAAUUAUUAUUAGUAAUAAAUUACAAAUCAACGAUCUUGCGGGGUAAAUUGUGUUUCCUGCAUAGUAACGAUACCUGAAAGAUACGAUUAUUGUAAAUUUAUAGCAUUUAAGAACAAAAACUACAAAAAUGUGUAUCGUGAGAUUGAUUGAGUUGUGAAUU